AAACAGAUAACGCAGCAGAAGGUCCGGUUAGCUCGGUUAGCUCGGUUAGCUCGCUGUUAUCGUCGCGCUGAAGUCACGGAAGGAAGAAGAAGAUGAAGACGGAGAUGAAGCGGUUUGUUGUGGCGCUGUUGCCGCUUGUGUUGCUGGGACAUGUCCACAGCUGGGAUGACGAGAGUGUGCUGCUGCGGGACGUCCAGGUGUUGACUCUGUACAAGGGUCGCUUCACCCGGGGGAGACGCUCCCAACCGAUUCCUCAGCUCCAGUGCGUUGGUGGCACAGCGGGCUGCCACACCUUUGUCCCAGAGGUGGUGCAGUGUCAGAACAAAGGUUGGGAUGGAGUGGAUGUACAGUGGGAGUGCAAGACUGAUAUGGGCAACUCGUACCGUUUUGGUCGCAUCGAGGUGAGCUGUGAGGGUUACAACCACCCCAAUGAUGCCUACAUCCUGAAGGGCUCCUGUGGACUGGAGUACUCCCUGGAACUGACUGAAGACGGACGGAGGAGGACACAGGGAAACGGAUGGGGCUCCCAAGGAGGAUUCAAGGGAUUUGGAGAUCUCGGGGGCUUUGCCUCCAGCUUCUUCAGCGGUUUCUCAGGAAACAAUCACCAGCAGCAGCAGCAGCAGCAGCAGCAGCAGCAGCACAGUCAUCACAGCUCGCACCCGUCUCACAGUGGGGAUUUAGGAGGCCUGCUGGUGGUCGGCGUGCUUCUGCUCGUAGCCUAUUGUGUCUAUAAGCUGUUCCUCAGUGGAAACAUGGCCCAGUGGGGGCAGGAUGGAGGACAGACUGGUUACCCCGGAGGCAAUAACCAUGGCUCCACCGCAGGACCUCCACCCCCAGGAUUCAAGCCUGACUUCACAGGACAUGCUGGGGCAAACCCAGGCUACGGUUUCCAUAGUGACUACACUCAUGGACAACAGUUCCCAGGAGGCCGAGCUAACACUGGCACAGGUGGAGGGUUCUGGACUGGCAUGGGGACAGGAGGGCUGCUGGGAUAUCUGUUUGGUCGUCAGAGGAACCAUGGGAACAAUUACAACUACUACACAAAUACUCGACCUACACACUCCUCCUCCUCCUCCUCCUCCUCCUCUGGGACACGGACUGCUUCAGGUUUCGGAGGAACCAAGAGAAGAUAGAAGUUGUGGAGGUGAACAUCCUCCUCGUCAGUGGCUUCUUCUAUUAUUUCUGGGUAUUAGUGAGACUUUGACUCCCAAUCACAUUUUCAUCACAUGUAACAUGUUUAUAAAAGUCUGUCCACCUGUGAUUGGAUCACAGAUGUUAAUGUUAGAUCUGAACCAAACAGGAGGAGGAGUUCUGUUGCAGAGGUUCUGGACAGGAAGUUGUGAGGAACAGUUCUGUUACAGCGUAACAUACGUUUCAUGUCACUGUAACAAAAACACAACAAUGACCUUCAAUGUUUUAUAGUGUGUGACAGUAAAGUGAAUAUUUACUGUGUUUUCUUGUGAUAUAUAUGUAUGUAUAUAAUAAAAGUAUGAAAU